CUGCCUUUCUUCUCUCCUCUCUUCACUAUAAGCUAAAAGGAAGCUCCUUUCUUUCACCAAACCUUCCCUCUUCUUGUUCACAGCCUUAAAGUUUCCAACUUUUUGCUUCAGUUUCAACAGAGAACGCUAAGUAAUGGAGCCGGAGUCAUCACCGCCGGAGCUGGAUCCUGAAUAUCAGUGGGAUGAGGAGUUAGUGGAAAGGUGCUUGAGUCAUGCUGCUGAGACAGCUACUGGGAUGCUAGAUCUCUCGGGUCAGGUGAGAGAGUACAAGGAGAUGAUGGUGGGAUCUGUGAGGAAACAGUCUCUGGAGAUGGAGGAGAAAGAAAAGGAAUCUGAUUUGAGACGGUCUUUGGAGGUGGAGUUGCUGAUACUUGUUCUCGAGAUGCAGAUGGUUGAAGAGGUAGAGAGAGAGUUUCGAGUUAGGGAAGAGAAGCUUGAAGAGAGGGAGAAGGUGGUUAGAGUGCUUGGUGAGAACGUUCAAGAGAGAUGUAAUGAGAUGGAGAAGAGGGAAGAGGAGUUUCAGCUCAAAGCCAAAGAUGUUGAAGUGAAGAGGAAGGAACUUGAAGCAAGGGAAAAGAGGGAAGAGCAGUUCCAGCUGAGACAAGACUCAGAGGCCAAAGAGAUUGAAGCCAAGAUGAGGUCUCUUGAGCUCAAAGAGAAGGAGCUUGAACGUAAGGAGAAAGAGUUUGAGGAGCUAUCAAAACAAACUGAGAGUAGAAAGAGAUUAAGAGAUGAACCUGAGACAUCACUCUUUGCUUAGAAUGAUCCUCUCACUCACAGUGUAAAAAGACUCAAAUCCAUUGGAGAACACAGCCAUGAAGAUAGAGAGAAGGAAACAGAUUUGGAUUGUGUGAUU